UCUAUGCUAAUAUUGUGGACCAACUGCCGAUCCUUAACAUGCAAUCUGUUAAGUAAUUACAAAUGUGUGCUUUACACAUUAGACUCAAUUUUAUUAAAGAUACUCUCCUAAUCAAUCUGCUGUAUGCUUGAAGUGGAUUGCAUUCUACGAUGUCUUGCAACAAGAACCACUUACUCACUGCUGGGGCUUUCAUUGGUGGAUUGUUAGCUAUCCUUGGAGGGAUUCUUAUACCCGUGGGGAAUUCCAUUAUUGAAGACAAUGUUAAAAAGGAGGCUGUUAUUGAAAAUGGAACCGUUGCUUAUGAAAACUGGGUACUCGCAGGAAGUCCAGUGUACAGGCAGUUUUGGUUGUUUAAUGUAAACAACCCAUUAGAAAUUGCACAAAAUGGAUCAAAGCCCAUUCUCAGACAAAAAGGCCCCUAUACCUACAGGGUUCGAUAUCUGCCAAAGAUAAAUAUUACAGUAAACCUCAACAACACUAUCUCCUUCCUACAACCAUACUGUGCAUAUUUUGAGCCAGGUUUAUCUGUAGGUACAGAAGAAGACAACAUCACAUUUCUGAAUCUCGCUGUUGCAGGGGCACCAUCUAUUCUCCCACCUUUAUUACUUCCUCUUCUGAACAACGCAAUCAAACAAACAAACUCAUCUUUAUUCCAAACCAGAACAGUAAAAGAAAUGCUGUGGGGAUAUGAGGACCCUGUAUUAAAACAAUUACGUUUACCAGAUCCACAUACUGGAGUAUUUUACCCAUAUAAUGGAACAGCAGACGGAUACUACAAUAUUUUUACCGGAAGAGGUAACAUUGAAAAACUUGGAAUAAUUGACAGAUGGCAAGGUAAAGGAAAGCUGACCACCUGGCAAGAUCCUUAUUGUGACAUGAUCAAUGGUACAGAUGGAUCUGUAUUUCCACCAUUCAUUGAUAAGAGGAAGCUGUUAGACUUCUUUUCUUCUGAUAUUUGCAGGUCAGUAAGUGCUGAGUAUGAAAGCAGCAGGGUUUUGAAGGGGAUUCCAGUCUACCGUUUUAUGCUCCCUUCCAAAACCUUUGCAUCUCCAGUUGAUAAUCCAGAAAACAAGUGCUACUGCAAAGAUCCUCGAUUCACCAGGAACUGCACUAUGGCUGGAAUCCUUGACAUAAGUGGAUGUAAAGAAGGCCAGUAUUACACUCCUUGUACCAUACUUUAUUUUUCACUGUACGUUGCAGAUACAACAGUUGUGGUAUUGUUACAUAAUUUUAUGGAUAUUUUUAUUGCUUUCGUAGGAAUGCCAAUCUAUAUCUCCCUUCCCCAUUUCUUGUAUGGCAGUGAAGCACUAAAAGAAGCAAUUGAUGGGAUGGAACCAAAUGAGGAAGAGCACUCAACUUUUCUUGAUGUAGAACCUGUAACUGGAAUUUCUUUGAAUGUUGCCAAAAGACUGCAAGUCAACAUAGCGGUUCAACCUUCAAACCAGAUAGAAGUGUUGUCAAACAUUAAGGAACCUAUUCUUUUUCCACUUGUUUGGCUUAAUGAGACAGCCACUGUUGACGAUGCUACUGCAGAGGAACUCAAAGGGGCCUUGAUUUCUACUAUGGAUCUUCUCGAAACAAUACAGAUGACCUUGAUCGGCUGUGGAUGUGUGAUUUUUCUGGCAUCCAUAAUCUCACUUUGUGUACUGAAAAAAAACAAAACAAAAAAAUAUGACCAAUCUAAGGAGAUGACCGAUAAAGGAAUUUCUGCAAAUCAUUUUUGAUAGAACAAAUGAAGGAUUUUUCUUCUGCAGUCCCUCUCACUCAUUAUGUUUUCCUUAUUAAUGUCAGUAUUUCCCCACUACUUGUACUGUAUUUGUUGAGCUAAAAUUCAAUUUACCUCUUGAAAUGUUGCAAUAAAAUGAGUAUAAAUCUGAAA